AUGAAGCCAGCAGGUGCCUUUCUGCUUUUGGUCAGCCUGGCCUAUUUGCUCCUCUAUGCAGAUGCUGUGAGCCAAGGAGGGAUUAAGGCUUUUUGCAACAACUAUGAGAAGACACUGGCUACAGAUGGAAAAUCGUGCCCCCAAAUCCACAAACCAGUGUGUGGCACUGACGGGAAAACUUAUCAAAACCGAUGUGAAUUCUGCCAAAUUGCCAUGGAAAGUUCUGGAAAACUUGGUUUCAGACAUAAAGGGAAAUGCUGA